CAGAAGGCUGCGGGCGGAAGAUCUCGAGUACCGGCUCGGAGCUGGGCUUGAGGGUCCAGCUCGCCCCGCCUCCUCCUCGGUCACUGCGUUCAGUUACAGAGGGCAGCGUCAUUCGUCUGUUCGUUGGCGUGCGCGCGCAAGCAGCACCCGUGGCCUCAACCCCUAUCGAGUGUACGCCCCCCCACGCGUCCACGCACGCACCCACGCAGUCCGUACGCACCUCCCUCCUUCCCCUCGGGCCCAGAGACCCUCUGCCGGCGACUGGGGCCAUUCGGGCGGGCCCCUCCAGCCACCGAGGAUUGAAAGCAUGGCUAUCCUUUUCGCCGUUGUUGCCAGAGGCACAACCAUCCUUGCCAAACAUGCUUGGUGUGGUGGAAACUUCCUGGAGGUGACAGAGCAGAUUCUGGCUAAAAUACCCUCUGAAAAUAAUAAACUCACUUAUUCACAUGGAAAUUACCUAUUUCACUACAUCUGCCAAGACAGGAUCGUGUACCUUUGUAUCACAGAUGAUGAUUUUGAACGUUCCCGAGCUUUCAGUUUUCUGAAUGAAAUCAAGAAGAGGUUCCAGACUACUUAUGGUUCCAGAGCACAAACAGCCCUUCCCUAUGCCAUGAACAGUGAGUUCUCCAGUGUUCUGGCUGCACAACUGAAACAUCACUCUGAGAACAAACAGGUGGACAAAGUGGUGGAGACUCAAGCCCAAGUGGAUGAACUAAAAGGAAUCAUGGUCCGGAACAUUGAUCUUGUGGCUCAACGAGGAGAAAGACUGGAAUUACUGAUAGAUAAAACAGAACAUCUGGUCGAUUCUUCAGUCACCUUCAAAACUACUAGCAGGAACCUUGCCAGAGCCAUGUGUAUGAAGAACCUAAAGCUCACCGUCAUCAUCAUCAUCGCAGCGAUGAUUUUCAUCUAUGUCGUCGUCUCGGUCGCCUGCGGUGGGCUCACCUGGCCAAGAUGUGUGGCGAAAUAAAUCCAGAACAAUCUUAAACUAAGAAUAUGAGGGAACAAGGAUUUAAGAAGCAACCCAAGUAACUUCCUCCUGAUUGCUGGUCUGUCCCUUCCUUCCACUUUUCUUCCAUUGUUCCCAGACUGCGGUUUUUUCUUUGUGUAUUCCAGUGCCCCCCAAAUGGAGCCAUCAAGUCACUGCUUCUGCACCACUGCCACCUUUGUUGGAAAGGGACUUGUAAUUUUGAACUCUUUGUUGUCACCCAGAUGGAGCCACCUCACUUCUCCAGUUGCUGCUUGGGAAUAAAGAGGGCAAACAUAUUGGUGUGACCAUUAUACACCGAAGCAUUUGCACUUUAAUGGAAUUUAAAUAAUGCAUCUCAGCCACAUCCCCUAUGAUCCGUAUGGACGGACACCAUUCCCAGUAGAGAAUCAGUAUUAGGGCCACGCCUUUGCUCCUUUGGGGGGGUUGAAGUUCCGGGAUUGGUGCCAUCCAUCCAUUCAUGUAGAUCCCACUUAAAGACUUCUCUUUGAGAACCAGGUAGGGAUCAGCUCAAUGAUUAAAAGAACCCAUGUGGUUCUUAAACCAGGAGGCGUCCUGUUCAGAAAAAUGGACCAAACCGUUCCUCUGCUUUUCUCUUGCAGUUGAGUUGAAAAAGUGAUGGUUUUACUCAUGUCCAAAGUUGGAACAAUGUAGCUACUUUCCCUAUUUGUGUGUUUAAGUAUUUUUGUCCUCUUGGGGGGAGGGGCUCUUCAGAUCACCCUCUUGUUCCCAGAGUGGUAGAACUUCUUUGACCAAGCUCGAUCCAGGAAAAGAGACUCUUAACAGCUGGGAUUAGCUUGGAAGUUGUUUAAGUAGGACACGGGAAAUAUUUUUCUUCUGGGGGCUUAACAGUUGUGUUGCCUUGAAUGAAUAAACUGAAUACCAAGUCAGCAAUGGCGCUGGUGUGGUAGCUGAGAGUACUUCUCUCUUCCCAUCCCCUGUAUUGGGUUUGGUUGCUGCUGAGCUACAGGCUGCACAUCCUUCAAAGCCAGGCCUGCGCAUGUGUCUGUCAAUGGCCAAACGAGAGAUUUAGCAAAUACUUGGCCAGAAUUCAGGUCACCGAGCAAAGCACAUUUUGCUGACUAAAGAGCCUUCAUUAGGGGGAUAGGAGCCCUUCAAAUUUUGAGAUUUCAAAAAUCAUUUGCCUAGAGUGGAGAUGGAAAGAGAGCAAAUAGAAUGGUGCAUAAAAGGAGCCAAAAAGCAGUGUAAUAAUCCGGAUCUGGAAGCUAGCUAGAGAUCGUGUAGGUUAGAGGUCACACCUGCCAGCUAGGAAAUUGGUACGUGUACAUCUCAAAGGGAGCCAGAGAUCCGUCUAUCGAUUUCUCAAUAAGUGCCCUUCCAUGAGAUUAUGUAUGAAGCUCUGACCCCUUUGUUACCUGAAGAAUUAGCGUUUACUCCGUUCUCUCCGAUCGCAGCUCCUCUGGAAUGAUCCUAACUAACCAUGUGCCUUGACUAUAUAUGCAUCACAUCAUAUGGCUCAGAGUGCCUACCCUUUUAACUGUAUUCCAUAAUUCACACUGUUUUAUUGCUACCUGUUCCUUCACAUCCACACUUCCCUCCCCUUAACCUGAAAUAUACAUCAAAAGCAUUACUAUCUCCUCUCUUGCCCCCCCAUGUUGUCAGGACCCUGUUGGUCAAGUUCAUCACAGUAGCUCUUUCAAAUCUUUUUUUUUUUUUUUUUAAACAUGACUUUAGCCUACUUGGUCCAGAACAGAAUUGUGUCCUUGGGUUACAAGCACCAAAAUAGCUUUACUCAGAAUUCCAAUUCCCUUUUGUGUCCACACCUGCACCAAGUUACCAGUGCACCAAACUGUGCAUGUUUCAAGGAAUUGACUUUGCUCUUGAUUCUGUUUCUGUAUAAAACCACUUUUAACAAAGAUGCUCUUGUCUUAAAGAAUGCAUUCAUUGACGGCGUCAUUGAAAAGCUUCACCUCUUGAAAUAAAACAGCACAGAAAUGUGA